GUUUUACCGAGCUACUAAAGAUAGAAUAACUAACAAGAUUAUCGCCGGAUACGACGUCGUAAGAGGCACUGCAGUGCAGGGGCAGUGCCUAGCCAAAGUUUCAGACUUUCAGCAAGUAGUUGUCGACAACCUGCAGACGAUAAAGAAACCCUUAAACGGAGAGUUAAGGAUGGCGGUUACAGGAGAUUUAAGCGCGUAUGCUGCAUUACGUUGUUCACCGAAUAUUCUCCUCCAUACCAGUCCACCACCUCCCCUCAAGGUCAAUUUUACUAAUUUUGUGAGACGAGAAUCAUUAACCCGCGGGCUAACAACACGCUGCCACUCUAAUAAACCACUUGACAUCAAGGAUUUCGAAAUGCUUCAUACCACCAUUGACAACGACGAUAAUAGCUUCCUAUUCAACGCCAUAAACAUGAGCUUCCUCAAACGCGUAACCCUCGCUUGGAAGAUACUGUUCCCAUCACCAUCAACAAUCCAAAACUCAAACGCCAACAUAGCAAAACAGCGGCUAAAAAUGAUCCUCUUUUCCGACCGAUGUGCAGUCAGUGAUGACGCAAAACAAAAGAUAGUCAGCAAUGUUGUUAACGCGCUUUCAGAUUUCGUGGUCAUUGAACCUCAAGAUAAAGUCCAGCUCAGCGUCUCUACAGACCCUGCUCUUGGAACCGUGUAUUCCGUCACCGUGCCAGUGCGGCGCGUACGCGCCGAAUACCAAGAGGAAGAUGAAGCAACGAUUGUAGAUGUUGAAUAUAAAGACAAUGGUGCCGUUUCUGGCUCUGUAGAUGUCAAGUUUGAUUUCUAUGUUCCAACUGAAUAAUUUGUUAACCAGUUUAGUUUGUAUUAAAUUGUUAAACUUGUUCCACUUUGAAUUGGAUUUAUGUUUUAACUUUUAAUUCUUUGUAGUUUGUAA